AAUGACGGGCAGGCUGGCUCCCACACCUACCAGGCCCUCACUGCGGAUGGCCUCUUUGGGUCUGUGGAGCCACCCAGAAGGUCCACUGGCAGACUCAUCAUGCACAGCCUCGCCAUGUUUGGCCGAGAGUUUUGCUAUGCAGUGGAGGCAGCAUAUGUGACACCCGUGCUCCUCAGUGUGGGCCUGCCCAAGAGUCUGUACAGCAUGGUGUGGCUCCUUAGUCCCCUCCUGGGAUUUCUACUGCAGCCUGUGGUAGGCUCCGCCAGUGACCACUGCCGCUCCAGGUGGGGUCGCAGGAGACCCUACAUCCUUUCCCUGGCCAUCAUGAUGCUACUGGGCCUGGCUUUAUACCUCAAUGGAGAUGCUGUGGUAUCAGCUUUGGUUGUGAACCCAAGGAGGAAACUGGCUUUGGCCAUAAGCAUCACCAUGAUGGGUGUGGUUCUCUUUGAUUUUGCUGCUGACUUCAUUGAUGGGCCAAUCAAAGCCUACUUAUUUGAUGUCUGCUCCCAUGGAGACAAGGAGAGGGGCCUCCACUACCAUGCCUUCUUCACAGGUUUUGGUGGUGCCCUGGGUUACAUCUUGGGUGCCAUAGACUGGGCCCAUCUGGAACUGGGAAGAGUGCUAGGCACAGAAUUUCAAGUCAUGUUCUUCUUCACUGCCCUGAUGCUUACUUUCUGUUUUAUUAUUCAUCUGUGCAGUAUACCUGAAGUCCCACUUACAGAUUUUGCAAAAGACAUUUCUCCCCAACAAACCUCCGGAAGUUCCCCAUUGUCAUCAGAUGGAAUGUACGAGUAUGGUUCUAUUGAAAAAGUUAAAAAUGGUUACAUAAAUCCAGAACUGGCAAUGCAGGUAGGAAAACACAAAAGUCCGGCUGAACAGCCCCAGAGGGCAAUGACCAUAAAGUCACUCCUGAGGGCACUGACAAGCAUGCCUCCCCACUACCGCUGCCUUUGUAUCAGCCACCUCAUCGGAUGGACUGCCUUCCUGUCCAACAUGCUCUUCUUCACAGAUUUCAUGGGUCAGAUUGUGUACCGUGGGGAUCCCUACAGCCCACACAACUCCACAGAGUUUCUCAUCUACGAAAGAGGGGUCGAGGUUGGAUGUUGGGGUUUGUGCAUCAACUCUGUGUUUUCUUCAAUUUAUUCUUACUCUCAGAAAGCUUUGGUAUCCUACAUCGGCUUAAAGGGGCUUUACUUCAUGGGGUAUUUGCUGUUUGGCUUGGGGACUGGACUUAUAGGACUCUUCCCAAAUGUCUACUCCACGCUGGUCCUGUGCACCUUGUUCGGCGUAAUGUCCAGCACCCUGUACACUGUGCCCUUCAGCCUCAUCACUGAGUACCACCAUGAGGAGGAGAAAGAGAGGCAGCAGGAGCCGGGAUGGAGCACAGGCGCCGGCAGCCCUGAACGUGGGAAGGGCGUGGACUGCGCCGCCCUCACCUGCAUGGUGCAGCUGGCUCAGAUCCUGGUGGGAGGAGGCCUGGGCUUCCUGGUCAACACGGCUGGGAGCGUCGCGGUGGUGGUGAUUGCGGCCUCUGCGGUGGCCUUCAUUGGCUGUUGCUUUGUGGCUCUCUUUAUUAGAUAUGUGGAUUAGGCCAAAAAAGAGCCAGUGAUCUUACCCUCAA